UCAUGAUGGGGUUGGACUGUGAAGAAAAAGAAAGGAGGGGUUGCAUGGUUCUAAUAUCAUAGAAAACUACUUGUUUUCUUGUUUUUGUCAGUGUAGCCUUUUGUGGUACGAAAUAAAUUAUUGGCUAGAUUAACAAAAAAACGCCGAUUUUAACGCAUUUUUGAGGAUAAAUUGCACAAUAUGUCCUAUUUGCCGUUCCUUAGGUGACACGUGGUUUGUUGGUCAGUAGGUCGCCUGGUUUUUGGCGACGCAAGGUGGAAUCCACCCAGCAGCAGCAGCAGCAGCUCCCGACCGCCACGUCGCGCUGACAGCAAGAAGGCGAAGAUUAUUAGCCUAAAGCUUCGUCUCGCCUCCUCCCCGAAGCUGAUGAGCACGCUCAUAGAGUUGCAACUGCUUUUGAAGUGGAUGGCAUUAUUCGUGCUCUUCGGACUCCUCAUCCUCAGUCCACGAACUUCUGCGUCUUGCAGUGACGCGAGGUCGAGCAGAGAAGACGCCGAGCGCUUUCGGGUUGAACAAGCUGCGGCUUUCAGACCCAAACGACCUCCACAUAUCAUCUUCAUACUGACAGAUGACCAGGGUUUCAAUGACAUCGGAUAUCACAGCAGAGACAUCCGCAGCCCGACGCUGGAUAAGCUGGCUUCAGAGGGAGUGCGCCUGGAGAACUACUAUGUCCAGCCGCUGUGCACCCCGUCCCGCAGCCAGCUCAUCACAGGCAGAUAUCAAAUACACACUGGCCUCCAGCACUCCAUCAUCAGACCACGUCAACCCAGCUGCCUCCCUCUGGAUGUGGUCACACUCCCUCAACGCUUACAGGAAGCCGGUUACUCCACUCACAUGGUGGGGAAGUGGCAUUUGGGCUUCUAUCGUAAAGAUUGUUUGCCCACACGUCGUGGAUUUCACACCUACUUCGGUUCAUUGACCGGCAGCGUAGACUAUUAUACGUACGGCUCAUGCGACGGCAAGUCAUUGUGUGGCUUUGACCUCCACGAAGGUGAGUCAGUGGCAUGGGGGAAAGGGGGGAAGUACUCAACUCACCUCUACACCCAGAGAGUGCGCAAAAUCUUAGCAGCACACGACUCAACCAGUCAGCCUCUUUUUAUCUUCCUUUCCCUUCAGGCGGUGCAUACACCUCUAAAGCCACCCAAAGAAUACAUCUAUCCGUACCGCCGCAUGGGCAACGUUCCCCGCAGGAAAUACGCAGCCAUGGUUUCUAUCGUUGACGAGGCAGUCCGGAACAUAACUUACGCGCUGCGAAAGUAUGGCUUCUACCGUAAUAGCGUCAUCAUCUUCUCCACCGACAAUGGAGCUCAGCCAUUAACAGGGGGAAGUAACUGGCCCCUACGAGGGUGCAAGGGGACAUAUUGGGAAGGUGGCAUUAGAGGAGUGGGUUUCGUGCACAGUCCCUUGAUACGCCAUCGAAGAAGGGUCAGCAGAGCCCUUAUACACAUUACUGACUGGUAUCCAACCCUAGUUGGACUUGCUGGGGGCAAUGUGUCGCAGCAUCAGGGAUUAGACGGGUUUGAUGUUUGGCCUACCAUUAGUGAAGGAAAGGAAUCCCCACGACUGGAAAUUCUUCACAACAUCGACCCUCUUCAUCGGCGCAGUUGGGGCUCGUUGAAGGACGGCUAUGGAUUGUGGGACACCACCGUGCAAGCGGCCAUCAGAGUGGGCGACUGGAAGCUUUUGACGGGCGACCCUGGCCAUGGGGAUUGGGUGCCGCCCCAGGUGCUUACAAACUUCCCUAGCAGCUGGUGGCACCUGGAGCGACAGAUUGAAAAAAAAAGAAAAUCAGUUUGGCUCUUCAAUGUUACAGGCGACCCUUGUGAACGGCAUGACCUUGCAGCGCAUAGGCCUGACGUCGUCAAGGAACUGCUAGCACGGCUAGCGUUAUACAAUCGCACUGCAAUACCUGUUCGCUACCCGCCAGAUGAUGCUCGCGCUAACCCCAGUUUGAAUGGCGGUGCAUGGCGACCUUGGGUGAGCGAAGACGAAGAGGAGGAAAACUGGGAUGGAAUUUAUUACAAGAGAGGAAAGAAUCGCAAAAGGAAGAAAUGUAGGCUCUGCAAAUUACAAUCAUUCUUCAAGAAGCUUAAUUUAAAGAUCAUGUCAAAACAAAUACAAGAUUCUUCUGCUAUUGGACAUCACUUACAAUAAUAAACUUAAUUGCUGACCAUGUUUAAGAGCUGGAAAGGAAUAGUACACCCAGGACAUCCAAGAUGUGCAUGACUUUCUUUCCUCGAAGAAAGGCGAAGAGAAAUUAAGGUUUUAGAGGAAAACAUACUCACCAAAGACUAUUUUCGACAGUCCAAAAUCCAUAUUUAGACAGUUUAAAAGUAAUCCACACGACCCCAGCUGAUAAAUAAGGGUUGUAAUGUAAAUUAUAUACUUUUUAUCUACAAAUGCUUGCAUUGGUGAAGUUUGGCUUAGUUCACGACCUCUUGUUUGCAGAUUGAAGCAUUUACUUGGUCACCUUUCUUUUAAGCUGACGUCAAUAGUUGUGUGGUAUAACAUGUCUAAAAAUACAAAUAUCUCUCAAUUUAUGUGAACUUAUAAAAACUGCACGUGUAUAAGAAUUAUACUACAAUUGUACUGACAAAUGCUGUUUACAGUAGUUUGAUUGUCUUUUAUUUCUUUUGAGAAAAUAAAAGGUCAAGUUAAUGCAAUGUUGCAACAUUUGGUGAAAUUAUAUGAACUGUGAAACUAUAUUACAACAAUGGUUUGAGCACCUGCAGACCUCUGUUGUUUGCAUCCUAUUUGCGUCAGACUAUAAUGCAAAAUUCAAAUGCCCUGCUGCUGAGCAUCAGGAGACCACGAGGAGGCCAGGGCAGGACAUCAUUACAUUUCAACACUAUAUUACAAGUGCAAGCUGUUUGUUCAGGCCCACUGGAUAUCUUAUAUAGUAUGAAAACAAAUCCCCUGUAGCACUGGCAUUGGUGGAUGGAUGAUAAGGUCUUGGGGUCAGGCCCAAUACCAUUAAGGAACCUCAUGUUGGAACUGUAUGACCGUUCAAAGAUUUCCACAAACCACCCUCUGCCCACAAAUGCAUUCUGUGGAAGCAUGAGACAAAUCAGGGACAACCAAACCUCUCUUUGUUGAAUGGAGGAACACAAGAGAAGUGCUGAUAUGCUCCUCCUUAUUUUCAGCAAGUGAUUGGAUGGACAAUAGACAGAAAUGACUGUUCUGAUUCUUGUUACAGUUUCAAAGUGCAGAUGUGUUCAUAUUUUAUGCUGUUAUUUUUCAUGAAUAUAUGAUUUUGAAAUACGCCUCAUUGUUUUUACACAAACAUGGAGGAUGUAUGAGUGGAUGUAUCUGAUGGCCUCAUUGGGUAUUCAGUGCUAUUCAGUGAAAAAAGACAUUUUUGCAUACCUUUAAAA